UUGUCUCCUUUUCCAAUCCGAGCUCAUCAUAUUUGUGUACGUGCCCUAUGGGACGAACGGGACAAAACUGUGAUAUCAUGGAUGCAUGUGCCGGCAUGAACUGCAACUUUGGUAGUUGUUUCGCUUCGUCCACUACACCAGAUUCGUACUUUUGUCAGUGCAACAGUGGCUACACAGGCAGGCACUGUGAUUCUCCGGUUAAUGAUCCGUGCAGUGGCAACCCUUGCCCAAGCAGCACAGUAUGUGUCGUGUCUGGCGCUGGCUAUACCUGCAAUCCAACGAAUCCAUGUACAAGUGUGAACUGCAAUAACGGACGGUGUUUCACUGCCGCGUCAACACCAAAUGGGUACAUUUGUGUGUGUGACAGUGGCUACACGGGCAUGCACUGUGAAAGCCAGGGUGAGUGUAAAAAGGGACAAGGUUUUAUUUAAUUCAAUAACUUACUCCAUGUUAAAAAUGUAUUGUCCGUGUUCUUCAACAAGUUCCUUCUUUUCUCCCAUUAAACAACAAU